GUUACCACGGUGUGGGAGUUGGUUACCGAGGCGACGUAAACAUAACUCAGUCUGGCCGUCCAUGUCAGUCUUGGAAAUCCCAGUGUCCUCAUCGUCACUUGCGGAUUCCUAAAGAUGUUGCUGAUUCAAAAAAUGACUCAAACAUGUGUCGUAACCCGGACAGCAGUGCUCCGGAUGGACCCUGGUGUUACACCACUGACCCAAAUGUUCGAUGGGAAUAUUGCAACGUAUCUCGAUGUACGCCCAGAGUUCCAGAAGAGGCUCCCACUUUCCUUAAAGGCCGUCCUCUCAAUUCAACUGCGAUUUUAAUAUCUUGGAAUAACGUACCUCCUUCUCGUCAUAAAGAAAAACUGUUGGGUUACCGGGUUCGAUAUCGGAGCCUCGAUUCCGAGCUCUAUACAGAAGUAAAUGCUACGAGCAACUUAACUCAGAAUGUUAUUACAAGGCUCCGUCCAAACACAGCAUACGAGAUCAUGGUCAAUGGAUUCAAUGGAAUUGGCCACGGGCGACCUAGCACGGUUCUUGUGUUAAAAACCCUGUCUUUUGGUGAAGAUAUAUUUGAGGCGGACUUCCAGCUGCUGAUAGAAUCUGACUUUACCAGCGAUCUACUGAACAAUAGAAGUAAAAGGUUUUCGGAAAUGGCUGAAGUCAUUAGAAUCUCAAUAAGACACCACUUCAAUAAAUCUACUACGUUGAAGAUAUAUGACGUCAUAACUAUGCAGUUCAGAAAUGGCAGCGUAAGGGCAGACAUUAAAGUCCUUGCAACGAUAAAUACAAACAGAACGGACAAAGAUGAUGCACUGAAUCAUUUGAUAGAAGGGGUGCGUUCGUCAUUUGGAGAUCGGCUUAAAGUUACUUCCAUACUUGUCCAGGGUAUGUAAAGCUUUGGAAAUACUUUUAAGAAAUGUUCUAUUCUCAGAUCAUGCAUGCUCCUAGAAAAUGAAUGACUUGACAUAUUGUGGGUAAUGUACUUCUAAAGCUGCUGAUUUUUAU